GUUAAUUAUCAAAGCGUUACUCCUCUGUGCCCCAUCCGCCUCUCAGCGGAUAAAGUACGUUGCAUUUGCCGGUUUUUCUUUAUUCCUUGAAUUAAAAAAAUCAUAUUCUAAACCAGCUAUGGAUCAGUUUCGGGGUUUAUUUGUCAAAUUGGACCAAAACAAAGAUGGAUUCAUAUCUGUGGCAGAGCUGCACAGCGAAAUGAGGAAGCAUGGGAUCAUCUCAGCAAAUGCCAAGGUCCAGAAUAUUAUUGACUCUUAUGACAAAGACAAAGAUGGCCAGUUGGAUUAUAAAGAGUUCCUCAGCUAUAUGAUGGACAGAGAGAGGCAAUGGAAAAUUUACUUUCAUGACCUUGACAAGAACAAGUGCGGGGUGAUUGACCAGGAGGACAUCAUAUGUUUGUUUAAGGAGUUAGGAGUGGUCAUUUCAAAGCCGAAUGCAAAAAAAAUAAUACAAAUGAUGGAUAAGGACAGUUCGAUGACAGUGGACUGGGGUGAAUUCCUGCACCAUGUCAUCCUCAACCCUGUGGAUAACAUCAGGGAGCUGGUGACCUCAUGGAAACACCAGCUGGUUUUUGAUGUGGGUGAGAGCCGUGCGAUGCCCCUCGAAUUCCCUGAAGAGGCGUCUGGUCUUGGUGCAUGGAGGACGUUUGUUCUGGCAGCUGGACUAGCAGAUGCUGUAUCCCGGAGUGUGACGGCACCAAUCGAUCGUCUUAAGACCCAACUUCAGGUUCAUGGAUCCAAGGCCUUCUCCCAAGGCUUUCAGGAGAUGAGAGCAGGUGGUCUGCGGUCAAUGUGGCAAGGCAACGCUGUCAAUGUGCUGAAGGGAACACCACAGUCCACGCUGCAGUGUCUUAUCUAUGCCCAGAUGAAGGUGUACACCCAAAGCAGAACCCAGGAGACUCUGACGGUGCAGCAGCGUUUCGGGUUGGGCUGCGUCUCUGGUGCUGUUGCUCAUGCUGCCUUCUACCCUUUAGAGGUGUUGAAGGUGAGGCUGAACCUACAGCAAGCUGGCACUUACAACGGUGUUGUGGCCUGUGCCCGAUCCAUUUACAGACACGAGUCUUUAUCCUCCUUUUACAGAGGAUUCAAGCCGAGCAUCCUCUGCAUGAUCCCGUAUGCAGGUGUGGAGUGUGCAGUUCAUCAGUCAAUAAUGAACUGGGCAAAGAGUGAUCCAGCCUACAACAGUGACUCCAAACUGUUUUUCUUCAGUUUUGUGGCCUUCGCCUCUGGACAAAUGACCAGUUACCCACUGGCAGUGAUCCGCACCCAGCAGCAAGCACAGGGUAACUUUUAUAAUUGGUUCCACACAGUUUGUUUGAAACAAUCUGAGAUCAUGUUUUCCUCAUCAUCGUUUCAUUUGUGUGUUUUGCAGCUUUCAGCUCAGAUUCACGCCCAGCUUCAGGCGUUUUACAGGGACUUAUUGGGAUAUAUGAAAGAAAUGGACUUAGAGGAUAUUAUAACGGCAUGGGAGCCAGCUUUGUCAGGGCUGUUCCAUGUGCCUUGAUAAACUACACUUUAACUAGAAAAUUUGAGAAUCUGUUUUCUUCCAUGGAGUCUUGAGAUUUAGAAACGAGGUUGCAUGUUGCACUGUUGCUUUUAAAGAGUUUAUUUCAAGGAAGUGAUCAGGAAGACACAGAGAUAAAUGCAAAAACUGUGAACUCUUCUGAAUGUGAACUGAGCGCCCAAAAAUAACUGGUAUCCUGAAAAAAAGAAAUGCAAGAGUCAAGUCUGCCAGACACUCACUAACAUGUGAUUCAACCUUUAAUACCUCUGUAGGUUUAUUAAGGACCUAAGUUUACUUCUGACUAAGACCAUGAGAUGUGCUGAACUUUUUGAAUCCAGUAAACCUCACUGAGUGCUGAUGCAUGAUUGACUUGAAAUUUACAGUGUCACUAAAAUCUAAUAACUGCCCACGUAACACUGAGUUGUGCAAAUGAGGAUGUGUGUUGAAGCGUGAACUAUACAAUAAAAUAUAACAUUUUAUUUCAUAAUAGGGGUCAGGCAUCUUCUUUUUAAUUCAUCAUUAAGCAGUUAAUUUGUUUCUGUUUUGUCAUCAAGGCAUGUAUUCAAUAUUAAUUUUUUAUGGCAGUUGUUCCCAAUUAUCCAUGUAACAGGUCACAGCCACAGUUUAUAGCAGAGCAGCCAAAUCAAACAAUACAGGACAAUAGGAAAUUGAUUGAUAAUUUUGCGGUACUCAUUAUUAUAACUAACAAAAUAUAGCCUUAAGCACAACAAUUAACAAUCAAAAAUAAGCUAAAAUCAAAAUGUAAACAUAUGUGUCUGUAGUGGUUGUCAGGGUAAUCAACAUUUUUAUAGCAGAAGUCUGCACAAUCUGAAAGCUCAGCAUGUUUCAGCCUCUUAACACAUUGUAAUCACUGUGUGAAUCUUUCACUGUGAGAUUUUUAGAACAUUAUUUCCUUCACAGUUUUUAUUAGGUCU